AAACCACCCACGCUCACGGUGGGGGAGGCCUGGUGCUUUCAAACCCCCGAGAUGACUGACGACCACGGGCAGGACAUGCGGCCGCCGCUAGGGGGCGCCGCCCCUCGCCGCCGGGCGCCCACCCGCGGACACGCGCACGCGAGGCCUCCCACCGCGCCUGCGCCGAGGAUGGCCGCGCGGACUCGCCUUUCCCCGACGCCCGACCCGUCCGAGCCGGGGUGAAAACUGCGUGACACGCACCGAGCGUGGCGGCCAUCUUCGUCUGGUGGGUACGUCAGCUGAACCGCUUCGGGCUGAAGAAGAGCGUUGCGCAAGCGCAUCCAGGACGGUCCCAGGUAACUCCCAUCUGACGGGCGAGGCGUCGCCGCCGUCGCCGGAAGUUUGGUGUUUGCGCCGCGGGGGAGGCGGCGGUCGCGGCAGAAGCAGCUGAGUGUCUGCCGGUACCCGGAUGUGAGGCGCUCUGCUGGGCUGCAGUCGGGACAGCCCGGGCCGGGGCUGAGAGGAAGGUGCUGUGUAAUGUGUUAAAGGCAGAUCAUAAGGAAUGGUUCUGUCACAUUUGCCUGAGUUAUGGUGGCUGAAGUAUCAGUUGUGUCAUGUGGAAAGAGAAAUAACUGGCAACAUAAAAUACAAUCUAUAUUAAUACAGUGUUUUGUUAAGCAAAGGAGGUUCGGUAAGAACUACACAACAAAUUCAACAAGCAAGGAAAGACACGUGUUAGCCUUAAGAAAUGUUUCAAGUGAAUCGAAGUCCAGUAACUGUAGACUUCAGAAGAAAAAAGUUUUCAAAGAUUUUGUCUCCGGGUCAGUGAGAAGUCAUUCCUCCAAUAAUAGGGCUAGGUAUGAAACCAGAAUUAAUUUAAAAGUUAACAGAACAAUAUGCACAUGAAUUAAUUUUUUUGUAAUAAAAAUAUCAAAUUAGAAUUAAAUUUUUUCUUAAAUUUCUGUUGCCUUGUCUAAAGUAUAAAGAAGAUAUUUUUUGGCAUUCAUGCCAACUUUUCUCAUGUUCUAGGAAUGACAAAAACCUUAUCUGAAGCAAACUAAUAUUUUUGUCGAAAUGUGUAUCAGUAUCGAUUAAAGUUGGUUUUUAAGACCUGUUCCCCAGUAACAAUACCAGCUAUUCAGCACGAAAAUCCUCUCAAAAGCAACUCAGUGUAAAGGAAGACAUUACUCAGGAAUGAUGUCCAUUCCAGAGAAAUCAAAAGAAAGUUCCUCUAAAGUUAAUAAAAAAAGUGAAGAUAAGAAUUUAGAAAUAGGAACUCGGGAUUCUCCAAAGGAUCAAACAAAAAAAUCAGGUGCAAAAGAAAGUGUAAAAUCACUGGUUCCGUCUUACAAUGAAAGUAAAAUAAGUCAGCCUGAAUUGGCAACACGCAUGAGUACAAGAUCUGCAAAGGCAACAUCCCAUGACAGCAGAGCUAUCAAGUCCAGUAACAGAAAUGUGACCACUGUGAAGGGACAGCCCCAGGAAGCCUCUACAAAGAAUAAAUUGUCUCAGAAGAAAUUAGUGCAUGAAACCCCUAAAGCAAAUGAGCAGCUUAAUAGGAGGUCACAAAGACUGCAGCAGUUAUCAGAGGUUUCCACAAGGUCUUUGCGCAGUAGGGAAAUUCAGGGUCAAGUUCAAGCCGUUAAACAGAGUUUGCCACUAACAAGAAAAGAGCAUUGUAACAGUACUCAGAGUAAAUCGAAUAAAGUCAAAACAAGUAAGCAUGUGAAAAGGAAAGUGUUGGAAAUAAAGUCUGAUUCUAAAGAGGAUGGAAAUUCAGUGAGUAAUGAAGCAAUAAAUUCCCCCAAAGGAAAAAAACGCAAAGUGGAGCAGCAGAUUGCAUGUGCUUGUGGCCCUUCCUGCACUCAAGGGUCUGAGAAGUGUCUCCAGAAGAUGACUAGAAAGGAGGAAACGAAAUAUGUGCCUGCAACUUCUGAGGUAAAAAGAUCAAAAAUGACUACUUCAGGGGUCUGUAAAAAGAAUGAGAUGAAAUCGGUUCACACACAAGCGAACACUAGCGUAAAAUCCCCCAAAAGUCCACAGCCAUCAGUCCCUGAACAAAGUAUAGGUAACGAAUUGGAGCAAGCAGGAAAGAGCAAACGAGGUAGCAUUCUCCAGCUUUGUGAAGAAAUUGCUGGAGAGAUUGAGUCAGAUACUGUCGAGGUAAAAAAGGAAUCUUCACAAGUGGAAAGUGGAAAGGAGACGCCUACAGAAGUAAAAUUGGAAGAGACCAGUGUUGAAAAGCAAAUACUUCAUCAAAAGGAAACAAAUCAGGACGUGCAAUGUAAUCGUUUUUUUCCUAGUAGAAAAACAAAGCCUGUGAAGUGUGUAUUAAAUGGAAUAAGCAGCUCAACUAAGAAGAACUCUAACUGGACUAAAAUUAAACUCUCAAAAUUCAACUCUGUGCAACAAAGUAAGUCAGACUGUCAAGUACCGCCUAAAUUGGGCUUUUUACGAACUGGUUUUUCACCGCCAUCGUUAGAAAGUCAUGAUUCGAUGACACAAAGGACAUCUAUAGGGACAAAAACACAUGAUAAAUGUAUAUCUGGCCAGCAGAACAAAAUGGAAGAAAUUUAUUCUGGAGACAUUAAAGUUAAUGACAUUACAGUUGAAAUUAAGGCUGUAAAAAGGGCUCCUGACAACUGCCAUUUGGAUAAACAAAUAAAAUCUUCUGACCCACCAUUGGAAAAUCAGAUGAAACAUUCUUCUGAAUCCACACCAGAUAAGAAUUUCAGCUUAUGCUUGGAAUCCAAAUUGGAAAACUGUCUAGUGGAAAAUACUACUGCUGUUUCAACACCGUUCAGUCAAGCUAAAAUUGGCACGGGAGAGAAUAAAUUUCCAGGUUCAUCUCCCAAACAGCACAGUACAGUGGAUGACCAAACAUCUAAGAACGGUGAAAGCAGGACGACAUCACCAAAUCAUUUUUGGCCUAAGUGUAAUUCACAUUUGGAGAUAACAAUUCCAAAGGACUUGAAGCUAAAAGAAUCAGAGAAAGCUGAUGAAAAGCAGUUGGUCAUAGAUGCAGGGCAAAAAAGAUUUGGAGCAGUUUCCUGCAGUAUUUGUGGAAUGCUGUACACAGCUUCAAAUCCAGAAGAUGAAACACAGCAUCUGCUUUUCCAUAACCAGUUUAUAAGUGCUGUAAAAUAUGUGGGCUGGAAAAAAGAAAGGAUUCUGGCUGAAUAUCCUGAUGGCAGGAUAAUAAUGGUUCUUCCUGAAGACCCAAAGUAUGCCUUGAAAAAGGUUGAUGAGAUUAGAGAGAUGGUGGAUAACGAUUUAGGUUUCCAACAGGCACCAUUAAUGUGCUAUUCCAGAACUAAAACCCUUCUCUUCAUUUCCAAUGAUAAGAAAGUAGUUGGCUGUCUAAUUGCAGAACAUAUUCAAUGGGGAUACAGAGUUAUAGAAGAGAAGCUUCCAGUUAUCAGGUCAGAAGAAGAAAAAGUCAGAUUUGAAAGGCAAAAGGCUUGGUGCUGCUCCACAUUGCCAGAGCCUGCAAUCUGUGGGAUCAGUCGAAUCUGGGUAUUCAGCAUGAUGCGGCGGAGGAAAAUUGCUUCUCGCAUGAUUGAAUGCUUAAGGAGUAACUUUAUAUAUGGCUCUUAUCUCAGUAAAGAAGAAAUUGCUUUCUCAGAUCCUACUCCUGAUGGAAAACUAUUUGCGACCCAGUACUGUGGCACUGGCCAAUUUCUGGUAUAUAAUUUCAUUAAUGGACAGAAUGCCACGUAAAAUAAAUUUUUGCCUGCAGUACUAGAAGAUGUCUGUUGAAGAGAUGGAUUGGUUGCUGACUUUAACCAGGAACUAGGGCCAUUUUUAUUACCAUGAACUCAGGACUGGCAACAACCAUGUGGUUGUUCCACUUUGAUAAAAUUGGAAAUAAUGCAGUAAUAGUUUAUUGUUUUGUUUUUUAAAGAAGAUAUUUUAUUAUCUUUUACAGAUGUUUAUGAUGGAUGUAUUUUAUCAAUACCUAUUUAGACAUGUUUACAUGCCGCAGGUAAUUGUUCAUAGUGGACUGAAAACUAAUGCAAGGACUAUGGUCUCAGUGAUAAGUAUAUUUUGAAGUUCUUAAUAUGGCAAUAUACCAGUGUAGCUUGGUACUGUAUUUUUUUAUAUUGAUCUGCUGAUACCAAUUUUAAGGUUAAAAGUUGUAUUUUUGAAGUGGAAACCAAUUUGUUCAAAUUACUAU